AUGUCUAAGACUAAGGUUACCACCAAGGCCGACAAGGGCAGCAAGGCUCUGAACAAGGUCAAGGACGCUGGUGUCACCAAGGCUUCCCAGUCUCCUGCCGCCAAGAGCAAGUCCGUCGCCAAGAAGGUCGCUGCCAAGGAGGACAAGUCCAAGAAGAACAAGAAGAAGGAGCCUACUCCCAGCUCCUCCGAGUCCGAGUCCGACAGCGAUGAGGAGAUGGACUCUUCCAGCUCCUCUUCCGAGUCUGAGUCCGAGGACGAGAAGCCCGCUCCCAAGAAGGAUAACAAGAAGGAGGCUAAGAAGCCUGCCAAAAAGGCCGAGUCCUCUUCCGAGUCUGAGUCUGAGUCCGACAGCGAUGAGGACAUGAAGGAUGCUUCCAGCUCUUCUGAGUCUUCCGAGUCCGAGUCUGAGGACGAGAAGCCCGCUCCUAAGAAGGACGCCAAGAAGGACACCAAGAAGGCCGAGAAGAAGGUUGAGAAGAAGGCCGAGUCUUCCUCUUCCUCUGAGUCUUCUGACUCUGACUCUUCCGACUCCGAGUCUGAGGAUGAGAAGCCUGCCCCCAAGAAGGCUGAGAAGAAGGAGUCUUCUGACUCCGAGUCCGACUCCGACUCCUCUAACUCCUCCUCUGAGGAGGAGUCUCCCAAGAAGGAGACCAAGAAGGAUUCUUCCGACUCCGACUCCGACUCUGACAGCUCCGACUCCUCCGACUCUGACUCCGACAGCGAGGACUCCAAGCCUUCCAAGAAGCGCAAGGCCGAUGAGGAGCCUGCUGCCGCCGCUAAGAAGACUAAGACCGCGGAUGCCCCCGAGGGCGCCUCCGCUAACCUGUUCGUCGGCAACCUGUCUUGGAACGUCGAUGAGGAGUGGCUCAAGAGCGAGUUCGAGCAGUUCGGUGAGCUUGCUGGCUGCCGUAUCGUGACUGACCGUGACUCUGGCCGCUCCCGCGGCUUCGGCUACGUCGAGUUCACCAACGCCGUCGAUGCCUCCAAGGCCAUGGAGGCCAAGAAGGGUACUGACCUCGAUGGACGCCCCAUCAACCUUGACUACGCCACUGGCCGUCAGAACAACCAGGGUGACCGCGCCCAGAACCGUGCCCGUUCCUUCGGUGACUCCACCAGCCCCGAGAGCGACACUCUCUUCGUCGGCAACCUGCCCUUCAGUGCCACCGAGGAUGCUCUCACUGAGGCCUUCGGCGAGCACGGCGGCAUUCUCGGCAUCCGCCUGCCCACUGAGCAGGAGAGCGGCCGUCCCAAGGGCUUUGGCUACAUCCAGUACGGCUCCGUUGAGGAGGCCAAGGCUGCCCACAGCGCCAUGCAGGGCUAUGAGCUUGAGGGCCGUCCCCUCCGUCUUGACUUCAGCUCCCCCCGUCCCUCCAACGGCGGCGGUGGUGGUUUCGGCGGCCGUGGCGGUGGCCGUGGUGGCUUCGGCGGCCGCGGUGGUGGUGGUGGUCGUGGCGGCGGCCGCGGUGGUCGCGGAGGCUUCGGCGGUGGCCGUGGCGGCUUCAACGGUGGUCUGAACAAGGGUAAGGGCAGCAUCCCUGAGUUCAAGGGCACCAAGGUCACCUUCUAA